AUGCCUGGAAUCGACCGAGACGUCAUAUGCCAUCGGCUGUCCGUCAGUCCGACCUCCAAGCCUGUUAAACAAAAGCAAAGGCACCUAUCCGUCGACCGAUGCGAGUUCGUUAAGGGGGAAGUCAAGGUCUUGCUCUCGGCAGGUCAUAUCCGAGAGGUUACGUACCCGGAAUGGGUCGCGAAUGUAGUCCUGGUGCCCAAGCCCCAGGCUUGGCGAAAGUGCAUCGACUACACCGACCUCAACCGCGCAUGCCCCCUCGACCCGUACCCGCUCCCAAGCAUUCAUCAGAUGGUCGACGAGACAGCGGGGGCGGAACUCAUGAGCUUCAUGGAUGCUUUCAAAGGAUACCAUCAGAUCAUGAUGGCCGAAGCCGAUGAGGAGAAGACGGCCUUCGUGACACCGGACGGGUUAUACUGUUACCGAGUGAUGCCGUUCGGACUGAGGAACGCGGGGGCUACGUACCAACGAAUGAUUAAUUCGGUGUUCGAGGGACUGCUGGGGCGAUCUAUGGAAGCUUACAUCGACGAUAUGCUCGUCAAGAGCACUGUUCGAGCCGACCAUCCAGGCCACCUCCGAGCGUGUUUUCAAGUCAUGCGCGAACAUCGGUUAAGAUUGAACCCAAAGAAGUGCACUUUUUCCGUACAGACUGGGAAGUUCUUGGGCUACAUGAUGACCAGACGGGGAAUAGAGCUGAACCCGGCCAAAAUCCGAGCCAUCUUGGAUAUGAAGCCCCCGACCAGCAUUAGGGAAGUGCAACAACUCACCGGCCGGCUGGCGGCGCUCAGCCGAUUCCUCUCCAAGCUAGCGGACCGAGCUCACCCUUUCUUCAAAAUCUUGAAAAAGUCCAACGGCUUUACCUGGGAUGAUGACAGCCGGGCGGCCUUCGAAGAUCUUAAAGCUUAUUUGGCAUCCCCGAUCGUCCUAUCGAAGCCUGAGCCAGGGGAAGACCUGGAGGUAUAUCUAGCUAUUUCAGAUCGGGCCGUCAGUGCGGUCUUAUGCCGAGUUGAUCAUGAAGGAGUGCAGCGACCAGUAUACUAUGUCAGCCAUGCUUUGCAGGGACCGGAAUUCCGAUACACUCGGCUGGAGAAAGUGGUGUUUGCGCUAGUCACUGCAGCGAAACGGUUGACGCCUUACUUUCAAGGUUGGAAUAUCCGAGUGUUAACAGAUCAGCCAAUUGGGGCCAUCCUCAGGACCUCAACCUCUUCGGGACGCCUGGUUAAGUGGGCCAUGAUGUUGACGCAGUUCGCUUUGGAGUACAAACCCCGACCGUCCAUCAAGGCCCAAGCUCUAGCUGAUUUCAUGGUGGAGUGCACCGCACGAGACACUGAAGCCGACCAGAAUAAUCCCCAUGCCCCUGAAUGGUGGGAAGUUAGUACCGACGGGUCCAGCGGGAAGAAGGGAACGGGAGCAGGGAUGGUCAUCACGACCCCCGAGGGCUUCAAGGCUUACUAUGCCAUUUUGCUCCACUUCUCGCCGACCAACAAUGAGGCCGAGUACGAGGCCCUAAUCGCCGGACUGCUGCGGGCAAGACAACUAGGGGCGAAGGCCAUCCGAGCUAAGACGGAUUCCGCUCUGGUCGUUGGGCAGGUUAACGGUGAGUUCGUCACCAACGGAGAUAAGCUGAUGAUCUAUAAAGAUCGAGUGCUGGCCGUCCUGCGACAAUUUGAAGCCCACGAACUCACCCACAUUCCCAGGUCAGACAACGCUGAUGCAGACAUGUUGUCUCGGUUGGUGCAUGAGGCCCCCGAGCAUAUAUCGAAGAUAACUCACAUCGAGGAAGCGGUUGCGCCAUGCAUCGACUCCUUUGAAGUUGAACCGGUCGGGGUGGAACAGGACCCAUGGAUCACCGACCUCAAAGAAUACCUCCAAGAUGGGAAAAUGCCUGAAGAAGAGGACCGAGCGCGCAAAGUGAGGCUCCGAGCGCCCAGAUUUCAGAUCGUGGAUGACCGUCUAUACCGACGAUCCUAUGGGGGCCCACUGAUGAGGUGCUUAAACGCGUUCGAGGCAGAUAUAGUCACUGAUGAGUUGCACUCGGGCCUCUACGGUCAGCGCGAAGUCCAUCCGAUCGUUUGUGGCAUACCCCAAGGGAAUGGACAGGUCGAGAACGCGAACCGGACGAUCCUAGAUGGACUGAAGAAGAAGCUGUUUGAUGCCGGCCGAAGUUGGGCAGAUGAAUUGCCUUACGUACUGUGGGCGUAUCGGACGACUCCUCGGGAGGCCACCAAGGAAACCCCCUUUGCACUGGUGUACGGAGCUGAAGCUCGGCUGCCGAUCAAAGCCUGGAUCCCGACAUCUCGCGAGCGAGGUUACGAUGAGGCUAACAACGAGCGAAUGAUGAUCGCAGAGCUUGACGCCGUGGAGGAAAGAAGGGAGGUCGCAGCCCGGAGAAUAGUUGAGUAUCAGAACAAGAUAAAGCAGUCCCGUGACCUUCGAGUUCGGCCGAGGUACUUCCAGGUGGGAGAUUACGUUCUCCGAGAGCGGAAAGCCAGCCGGCCAAAUGAUGGCGGAAAGUUCGCACAAACCUGGGAAGGGCCGUAUGUCAUCUCUGCCGUAAUCCGACCUGGCACCUACAAGUUGGAAACCACCACGGGGAGGCCGGUCGAUCGGAUUUUGAACUCAGAACAUUUAGUGCUUUUUCACCAUUAA